UAUAUAGUCACCAUAAAUAAAACCCUAAUUCAUACCCUCUCCCUCCUUUAUUUCCCCUCCGCCUCUCUUUCUCUUUCAGCUGCAACUCUCUCACGCACCACAGCAAAAAUGCCGUUCAAGAGGUACGUUGAGAUCGGGAGAGUGGCUCUUGUUAACUACGGCAAAGACUACGGCAAGUUGGUGGUCAUCGUUGAUGUUGUUGACCAGAAUAGAGCACUUGUUGAUGCUCCUGAUAUGGUCAGAGGCCAAAUGAACUUCAAGAGGCUUACAUUGACAGAUAUUACAAUUGACAUUCCCCGUGUUCCAAAGAAGAAGACAUUGAUUGAAGCUAUGGAGAAGGCUGAUGUUAAGAACAAGUGGGAGAAUAGCUCAUGGGGUAGAAAGCUAAUUGUCCAAAAGAGAAGGGCUUCUCUCAAUGACUUUGAUAGGUUCAAGCUUAUGUUAGCCAAGAUCAAGAGGGCUGGAGUCGUCAGGCAAGAGCUUGCUAAGCUGAAAAAGGAGAAUGCAUCUUGAAGUGAUACUGAAUUAUUGAUUUUUGCUAGUUUUGUUAUCAAUAUUCUGCAAGUUGUUCUUUGGAAUGGUUUUUUGUUUGUUUUUCUAUUAAGAAAGGAUUAAGAUG